AUGGUGUGUAAAGAGAACGUCGUGUCAUGGUUUGGAAACUUGUCCAGUUAUAAGAGGAUCGAUAUUAUGUGCACAUUGUUAAAUAUGUGCCUGCCAUUUGAAGUUCGAUACCUCGGAACGUGCAUUGAAGAUCGGGGAAAACGGGACUACAAUGAUUUGCGUGACACCGAGCAUCACGCAAACAAUGUUGCAGAUUUGGCGGAACUCGCUAAAUCUGGAGGUGUCACUGAUACUAGAAUUCGUCGCAAGCUUGUUUUGUAUGUAGCCCUUCUCCAUGGAUGCAAUUAUGAUUGUGCCACUGCUUUUUACAAGAGUCUUGCAAACAUUGACACCCAGGAGUUGGCUAAUUUAUUGGGUGCAGCUGGCCAAGAUGAACAAUCCCUUGAAGAAUUGAUACUAUUGUACACAAUGGCGCUCAAUCAUCCGGCUUUUACUUAUGAGCAAAAGGCUAUUUUUGGUAAUAUUUUUUUAAAACUUCAGGAAGAAGAGGAAUCCAGAAUUAUCAACAACAAUAUUAAACACCAGCCGGUUAAUGUCCAAGGAAUGGAACUUCAAACAGGUAAUUGUAUAAUGCCACCACCAAUUCAACACUAUGGUGGUGACAUGCAAUUUCGUAAUCCAAUGGUAAGUGGAAUACCACCUGGACUGUCAAUGCCUCCACCACCUCCAGGGCUUUGUUUGCCACCUGAUCAGAUGAUGAAUCCUCAAAAUCACACACCUGGUCAGUAUCUCCACCUGGGAUUCCCAACGAUAAAUUCAAUGCCCUGGACAGGACAGACACCAAUGAUGAUUGGUAGCAAUCAUCACCAUCAUCACCACCACCAGAUGAUGUACCACACAGUAACACCAGGAGACAUGAUUGUUUAUCCAGCAUCACCUCUGGUGAGUCGUCCGUCUUCACCGAUCCAGCAUCCACUACAACCACCACCACCACCACCACCACCACCACCACCACCGUCUAGAUCUCCGCCAAGUCGCAGUAAUUCUCCAAACCGUCGUAGCAUGCGAACUUGGUCAUCUGCUGAAGAGCGUUCCAGUGGAAAUAUCAAUCAGACAAAUACUACAAGCUGCAGCAGCAAUAGUAGUAGCAGUUGUAGCAGCAGUAGUAGUAGUAGUAGUAGUAGUAACAACAGCAGUACUACUGUGUCUACUGCUGGAAGAAAUAUUAACGUAAAUCCCAAUCAAACAUCCGUUCCAAGAUCUGUUGUUGUUGUUGUUACUUCAGGUACUCUUCAAUCGACAACGCCAACAUCUGGCAUAUAUUCACGACACAACAGUUUAACUGGUGGUGGUGGUGGUGGUGGUGGUGGUGGUGGUGGUGGUAUUUCUACAACUUGUACGGGGGUUAAAAAUCCUCCAAAGUUAAAGUCACCCUCGAGUUCAAUUUCAGGAAGUACUGGUGGAUCUGCCACAGUCAAUAAUGAUACUCUUCGUGAAACUCUUGGCAAGGAAAUGCCCAAUUACAAGGCUUGUUUACAAAAUUACUCAAUGGAAGAGAUAAGAAGGAUAAGUGACGAGGAACUGAGAGAAAUAGGUUUAACACCAAAUGCAGUAGGUCAACUGAGAAGCAUUGUGCGUUCUCAAAGUUCUAAUUCGACAAAUGGGGCUCAGAGUAAUCAAAUAAUUGCCGACCAAAAAAAUAAUAAAGUUGAGAGCUUCUCUUUGACAACUGACCAAACAGCAGAUGAGGUGACACAGCAGCAGCAACAACAGCAAACCCGCCAACAACAAGGUCAAAUAUCUAAUGAAUUUUACAACAGUAAAUUGCCAGGAGGAUUGCCAUUUUUCCAAGACUUUCAUCAAUCAAUUCAUCACCACCAUCACCAUCAUCAUCAUCACCACAGUCAUCUCGCAAAUAUAACAAGUAUAAGACGAUACCAGACAAUGCAACCGGGACCACCGCCUCCUCCACCGACAAUGGACCCGAAUCAGCAACUAUCUCUAUUUCAUUCAGCUCCACCCUCAAUUUACGCCACUCAAAAUCCUUGCUACGCUUGUUUAACAGUACCAGCAGCGGCUGCUGCUACUUCAACUGUUCAAAAUCGUUAUCCCAGUAGGUGUAAUGCACAACACAUGUACUGUGUGGCCCAAUUGCAAGCAUUGAGAUUAGAUGCGGACAGUAGUCGUCAUGGCUCACAAAGUAGCAGCUCAGAUAGUUCUACUGGAAGUAGGUCACCUCCAGGAACACCACCAGCAGUUCCUUGGCCGGGAAAUUCAACAUUUAUAGCCAACAGUACAGUUAUAAAUGAAAAUAUAUCACUAUCAACAACAACAACAACAACGACAACAACAACAGUUUCAGCGAGUUCAAAUUCAUCUGAGCAAUCACCAAGCAGUUCUUCUUCGGUACUCUCUUAUUCUACAGUAGCAGUAUCCCGACAAAAUACUUCAACUUCAAUCCAGUCACAGCAGCAGCAGCAGCAACAGCAGCAACAGCAGCAACAGCAGCAGCAACAGCAACAGCAGCAGCAGCAGCAACAGCAGCAGCAACAAAUCAACAAUGACAGAACACGAAGUAUGAAAAAAAAUCAAACAAUGAGACAAAAAAAUCAAAUAAUAAAUGGCGUAACUAAUAAUUCAAAUGCCUGUUCAGUAUCAACUGGAGCAAUUCCACCUGCAUCGUCGGUAAAUUUAUCAACGCCGGCACCAUCGCCACAACAACACUGUGGUAUAUCUGGUAUAUCUGGUAUAUCUGGUAUAUCUGGUAUAUCUGGUAUACCUGGUAUGUCUGGUAUAUCGGGUAUGACUGGUAUGUCUGGUGGAUUUCCAACGGGAAAUCAUCAUCCACAAAUGACGUUUUUACCACACGGUAAUCAUUUUCCUGGUACAACUCCAAGAUUACCGCUUAACAGUACUAAUAUUUAUUCGAGCGGUUAUUCUCAUACUAUUUACUCGAGACCUACGGUGUCAAUGGCGCCAGCGGGAUUCCAACCAACAGUAUCUCCACAGGGCUUUCAGUCAAAUGGUGAAAUAAUAUAUCAGUAUCCAGGACAACCAGCCGGUACGCCACCACCACCUCCACCGCCUCUGCCACCACCAGGUAUUGUGACAGGUUUGAUGCCAGGUCUUCCCAUUGGUCAUCAUCAGUCCCAGCAGUCUCAUCAUUCGCAUCAUGAUCACGGCCAACAGCAGCCUCAUCAGCCCAAAAUUUCAUGUUACAAUUGUGGUAGCAACAAUCAUCUUGCAAUCGACUGCAAGGAACAAACUAUGGAAGAUCUUACCAAGCGAGCUCAGUACCGACUGGAUUUCAAAAUGCCCAAGCCAACAAAUCCAGAGUGUCCCAGCGUCAGCGAUGAAUAA